GGGGAUGAGAUUUGGUUUCUAUGAUCUGGUCAUCGGUAUAACGGACAAGAAAUGUUCUAAUGCUCCAGGUGAUUUGUAUGAAGCUUUGCCUGGUAAUCAAGUGUUUACGGGAAGUAACGAGUUCCAGCCUGAUGACAUCGAAGUAUUGAUAGUAGGAGACUCUUUGUGUGACCCUCCCUGUUUAAAAGGCGAGAGAUGUGAUGAAGUUCUGAACAAAUGUGUGUGUGACCUUGGACGCAGAGACUAUAAGUUGUGUCUAGAAAGAAGAGAUCUCCAAGAUAAGCGAGACAAAUUCUGCAGGGUUCUGAAGAAGUCCGAAUACUACGCACGGUAUGAUCUAAAAGAAAAUAUAUCGGUUGGCAAACGAUGGAGAUGUUACGGAAAAUAUGCUUUGACAGACGAUAGACUACGAUACAAUACCACUAAACUUUCCAUGGAUUACGAAACUAGACACGAUGAACUCAUGGCCAUCGAAGCUGAAUUUCCCAAACUGAUUUACGAUAGAAUAGUGGAGUAUUUAUCAAUCAUCUACUGGCCAUUGGAUCAUCCGAACGACUUGAAAGACUUGAACAAUGACCAGUGGAGUUCAAACGUAUACAACGGACAACCUGUGAGAGGAGUUAUAGAUGGUGCAUUAUUGCUUAACGGAACGGGAGACGCCAUAAAAUUUCCUCUCAGUUCGACUAUAAACGACAGCUGUUUUUUUCAUCCCAGAGGGGAAUGCCCCAACGGCCUCGCCAUUUCGUUAUGGAUAAAAUACUACUUUUCCCCUCGAAACGGUGGAAAUCAAGUAUUUUUCUCGACAUCUGUCGACGGGCAAGACAGAGGUUUUGUGAUUUACCAAAUCAAUUCGUCAUUUCCUCAUGUUGCGGUUAGUGUCAUUCAUUCCAAAAAUCGCUGCACAAAAGUGGUAGAGGUUGCUAGAGGAAUAUGGACACACUUGGCCGUUGUUUACCACAACAGAAACAACGUUGACAUCCCCGAAGUUUACAUCAAUAGUACGAAGAAUGCGACUGUCAUCUGGAAAGGGUGUGAGAAACAAAGCUACAAGAGUGUUUCGAAUGAUUACUUCACUAUUGGUCAAAGUGAUGUUGGUGCACCUUAUGCCUCGAUAGACGACAUCGUUAUUGUCUUGAAUGCGGAAACUUACUUGAACAGCUUAUCCAACGUGUACAACUACUAUAAAGGAGGUGAGAAUCUUCAUUUGAAUGCAAGUUUCGUACUGACGAGUGAAAGCUGGAAUGACAAUCUACUAAACAGGGAAAGCGAUAUUUAUCGAAGAAUAACAACAAGCUUGUUGAAAAAUAUUUCAGACGCUAACAUAAAAAGAACAGCAAAGAGUCAGGAAAUACGAUUUUGGAAGAAGGAAGGCGAAUCAAUUGUGGGUUUUACCGGCUGUAACAUUCUCAUUGGAUUUCAUGGUCAAGGAUAUUCUCAGAUGGAUGAUGUCGUAUCAUAUUUGGAACAGGCUACAGAUAUCAUUUCAGAUCUGAAUUCUUCUUCAAACGAAGUUUACUUAAAAGGACCACAGCCAGUAGAAGUAAGCAUAUAUGGCAACUCAAUGAAGAUAAACAUCCAGUGGAAUCCGGGAGACAAGAACCUUACUCACGGAAUUCUACAAAAAUACGUGUUGUUUUACGUCAACGGUGAGGAUCCUUCAGACCAAGGUCAUGUUGACGUGGUGCAGGACGAGCUAGGUGAUUCUACCAAUUAUAAUAUGACAGUAACAAAAUAUUUCUCUCGGUAUGUGGUGUCUGUGAGGGUUGAUACACUCGAAGGAGAAGGCAAAGUGUCUAAAGGCGUCAACAUCACCACUGGAAUUCUCGCUCCUCUUGGUACUCCUCAAACUGUGCAUAGUUGGAAUCUCUCAUCAGUGUCUAUCGCAGUCAGCUGGACCGACAUAAAUAAGACCUACCUACGGGGACCUAUUGCUGGAUACAGCAUUCGUAUUAACUUAGCUGAUUCAUCAGAGAGAGCAUGGGAGUCUUCUAAAUUUCAGUCAAUACUACGCAACAAAUCUGUUAUAUUUGAAGGCCUUUAUAAGUACACCAAGUACAAUGUACAUGUAGCUGGAGUAGCAAAAGAAAAUCAAUUUGGUCCUUACAUUCAAGGUUCUGUUUGGACUGGAGAGGAUGCCCCAGAAAUGGCUCCAUCCCAACUAUCUGCGGAAGCAGUCGACUCUACAAGUAUCAUCGUCAAUUGGACAGAAAUUCAAGCAAACAAGCGCAAUGGGAUCAUUAUUGGGUACAGUGUGAAAUGGAAGGAAGUAAAUUUUGACAGUGAAGCCGGGAAUAUCUCUGUUCCAGCGACGCCAUUAUCCUACACCGUAACAGGGCUAAAAAUAUUUACAUACUACAAAGUAUUUGUAGCAGGAUUUACUGUUAUCGGUAUUGGACCCUACAAGGAAACUGUCGACGUCCGAACAGGAGAAGACAUUCCCGAUGCAUCUCCGAAUAUAACUAAAGCGUACAAUGCAAGCUCCACUAGCCUUUUCGUAAUGUGGCAAGCAAUUCCUGAGCAAAACAGAAAUGGAAUAUUGCAAGGUUAUGUUUUUGAAGUUUGCAAAGAAGACGGAACAUUUGAGAAGUUGUUCUACCACAACAGCUCGUCCCUUGAAGCCCGCAUCACCGGUUUGUCAAAGUACCAGACCUACCAGAUAAAAAUUGCUGGCUUUACCUCCAAAGGCAGAGGGAAUUUCAGUUUGCCUGUUAUUGCCACCACUGACGAAGAUGUACCAGAAAGCCCACCUCGAAACAUCUCUAAACAAAAGGAAGAGUCCAACGCAGUUACUCUAGCCUGGCAGCCACCAUCAAGUAAACAGGCCAACGGUAUAAUACUUGGCUACAACAUAACACUGAAAGAUCUGUUGAGGGACAAGAUCUCGUAUAAGAGGGUUAACACGUCUACUCAUCUACGCAUCGAUGGGUUGUAUCCCUACACUGAUUAUGAGAUCACCAUUAGGGCAUUCACGAGAAAAGGAGAUGGAAUCGUUAGUGAGAAAAUAGCCAUCAAAACUGAACCGAGUGGUAAGUAUAACUCUAAUGCACAAAGUAAUCCCAGUCGAAAGAAGCGAGCGGUUCCUAGCGGGACAAUGUCCACCCAACUGACAGGAUUCCAACCCUUUACUCAGUAUGGCAUACAGAUUUUAGCAGUAACUAACGUAAAUGGAGUUCCAAGUCCCAUCUACAAUGUAACUACUGCCGAAGAUGCUCCAAGUCAUCCUCCCUUGAAUCUCACAGCACAUAAUACGAGCUCCACAUCUAUUAAAGCAACAUGGAAUGAAAUACCCCAAAAACACAAAAAUGGCAUUAUCAUAGGAUACAAAAUACACUAUAAAGCCAGCCACACUGGUAACUUCAUCAAGACUGUAAUAAACGACACGGAACGACACACAGAGCUUACUGGACUUGAAAAAUAUGAACUUUAUUCAAUCCAAAUACUGGGCUUUACCGUGAAGGGUGAUGGUAAUCUCUCUGAGCCUGUGAUUGUCAGGACAGCAGAAGAUGUUCCAGACGACGGACCCGCCAAAGUAUCUUCAGUUAACCCAACACUAACCACCUUAACUAUCCAGUGGGAAACAAUGCCAGUACGUCUAGAAAAUGGUAUAAUCAGAGGAUACGAAGUGGUUCUCUUUGAAAUGAAUGGGACAACCAAAGCCAAUGCCGUCCUCAAUGAAGGCAACAAUAAAUUAAGCACCGUGAUCUCAGGGCUGGACGUAUGGACUAAUUACACUGUCCAGGUUAAAGCUUUUACGAGUGUUGGUCCUGGUCCGUGGUCUCCUAGAGUCAGAGUAACAACAGACGAACAAGCUCCUCAAGAUACACCGUUCAACGUGACAGCACAUUUUUUGAGUUCCACGUCUAUUCGAGUCUCCUGGCAACCGAUAGACCCAAGGCUGACAAAGGGCGUGGCCCGAGGCUAUCGAGUAUAUUAUCGUGCUCUCGACACUCCUUUCACCAAGCAACUUUUGAACCAUACUGUAGGACUAACGGAAACAAGCGCUGACCUAACAAAUCUGUACAAGUACGUGGAAUAUUCUAUUUACGUUGUCGCAGUCACUAACAAGGAUGGUAACGCAAGUGCUGUGGUCGUAACCCGAACGAACGAAGACAAACCAGAUCGUCCUCCACUCACUCUGAUAUAUACUCUCCCAGACCCUACAAGCAUUUGGUUAGGCUGGGAUGAAGUACGCGAGGGAUAUAAGAAUGGCAUCAUUCUCGGCUACAAAAUGACUUACAGAGAUACAACCAAAUCAGAUCCACCGACUUUGAAGUCCUUUCUACCAGACCAGUUCUCGACCACGCUGCGUGAUCUUGAUAGCUAUAUUCACUAUGAGAUCACUUUGUUGGCCUUUACAAUUAAAGGGGAUGGACCACCUUUCACACGCGUUAUUAGGACUGAUCAAAAUACACCAUAUAUGAGCCCAGGCAAUUUCACUGCCGAAAAUUACACGACCACAAGCUCCUUGCCAGUCCUUUGGCAGCCAAUACCACCACAUGGUCUACCGGGGAUUUUAUUAGGUUAUCGAUUAUACUACACCCCAGUGUCUACCGGAGAAUAUGACAUCGAAGAAGGCGAAACUAAAGAGAUCAGAAUACCUGCAGAUAAAACCCAAUUUGUGUUGAGUGGCCUUGAUAUCUAUACGAAAUACCGUGUGGAAAUAUCCGGUUUUACGGUAAAAGGAGACGGUCCUUUAUCUAUCACCUUUGGAGACACAUGUCGAUGUCAAAAACGUUUGUCAUCUAGUUGGUUACAUUUCCCUCCCUACGUCAUCGCCUCAGAUAACGACUCAGUCCCCGCGGGUAUCAUUCCAUCGAUCGCUCAAGAAAUGGUAUUGCACUGUUGUCAUCAUUGUAAAGAAUAUGGAAAAUCCUACCUAGACAUGAAACUAAAUGGAUACAACAUGCCUGCACAAGAAAAACAUCUGGAAGCUUUAAAGAUACACAUUGAUGGAAUGACUGAUAUAAUCUUCCCCGUUGCCGGCUACAGGACACAGGAAGUUUACAAGGUCCCAUACGGAUUCAUAGGUUUGGUUGGAACACCUGGCGUAGCUUUUGUACUCUCCACAACGUCUACCGACGGGCUGAUGGUGGGUGAGAUAGCGGCUUCUAUUUGGAAGAACUGGACUUUGGUGCUUUUGUCGCUGUUGUUUGCUUUCAUUACAGGGUGUCUGAUCUGGUUUUUGGAGAACAGAAAGAACGAAGAACAUUUUCCGAAACCAUUCUCAAAAGGUUCAAUGGAAGGGUUUUGGUUCACUUUUAUUUCUAUGACAACCGUGGGAUAUGGUGAUCGCUGCCCUUUGUCUGUUGCUGGUCGUAUCGUCGCCAUUACAUGGACGCUGUUUGGUGUUGUUCUGAUUAGCAUGAUUGUUGGGAAUAUCGCGGCUUCUUUGACCACUGUUGCUGUAAAUGAAGGCGGAAGUCUUUACGGAAUGAAGGCCGGAGCUUUGAAAAACUCUUUUGAAUACCGAUUUGGAAUUCGAAGGAGUGCCAAGAUGAAUAAAGAGCGCGAAUACGACUCCUAUGAUGAAAUAUACGACGACCUUGUAAACCAGCGCAUCAAAGGAGCUCUGCUCGAUUCUUUUGCUGUAGGAAGCAGGAGAGACCUGUUUGAGAAACCUUUUAUCAGAAUUAAAAGCAUUUACGACUUAAACCUCGCUAGUGGGAUCGUCACGGCUCGUAAUUCAACCAAACUAAACAGGUGUUUGCGAAGGUUUACGAGAAGCAACGCCAAGGAGAUAUCAGACACAAUCAAAGACAACGCUCGAGCAGUUGAG